AAGGACCAGCUGAACCUGCAGAGUGUGGACAUCUUGUCUCUGAGGGAGAGUCUGCAGGUGGAACAGCAACGGUACAGGCAGCUGUGGGAUGACAGGGAGACAGUGGUGACCAGGCUCCACUGUCAAAUCAGGCAGCUGCAGCAGGGCCGAGAUGACUACUACACCAAGAAUCAGGAGCUCCAGAGCAAGUUGCAGGAGUGUCAGAAGAGGAUGGAUGAACUGGAGGCGGAGCUUCAGAGGGCCAACAACAAAGUGUGCCACACCGGUCACCUCCUCAACCAGACGACCAUCAAGCUGAGCAACAGUGAGAGCACCCAGCAGCAGAUGAGCUUCCUGAACAAGCAGCUGCUGCUCCUCGGGGAGGCACAUAAGCUGUCCAUGCAGGAGUUACACCACAGCGGCGGCGAUAAUACAAAGGAGGCCCAGAUGCUGCAGGCAUCUUACCGGAAAGAGGUGGAGAUGCUGAGGCAGAGUUUGCUGGUUCAGGGUCAGAAGCUGGAGGCGGCGCAACAGAGAGUCGGCGAGCUGGAGACGCACCUCUCCAAGAAGGAACACCUCAUCGCCGAGCAGAAGAAGUUCCUCGAGGAUGUGAAAUGUCAAGCAAAGGCGGAGCUGCAGGCCUCAGACAGCAGACAUCAGGCUCAGAGGAGAAUCACUCAGCUGCUGCAGACCGAACUCCUGCAGCUCUACAGCCGAGUGGAGAUGGAAGCUCCAGCCAGUACUGCUGCCAGCUCGCCACCAGGGGGCAGAGCUGACCCACACACUCUUGUUGACACCAGUGUCCUGGUGCCAGAUGGACCAACUAAAAGUCACACAAACGAGGAGGCGGCCAGUAAAACACUGCACGACUCCCCUCGGGGCAACGGCAGCACUUUAUCGCCAGGGCAACCAAAGGCGAACAACUCUUCCAAGUCAUCAGCCAACUCCAUCAAUGGCAGCCAGGACCUGGCCCCGCCCCUGCUGGUGGAGCCCUUGCUGUCCUGUCCUCACGUCAACACGCUUGCACCCCUGCCCCCCGCCGACGCGCCUCUCACUGUGGGCUCCUACCCCAGUGCCAAGAGCUUCCUGGGCAUGAGGGCGCGCGAGCUGUUCCGCAACAAGAGCGAGAGCCAGUGCGACGAGGAGCAGCCGCCGCCUCCGCGCCUUGCGGGCCUUGCCCACGGUCUGAAGACUGAGCUGUGUGUGGAGCCACCCUGCCCAGAUUAUAUUGCCCCUGUCAAUCCCGCACCCUCCCCCAUUCCAACUCCUCCGCCAAUGCCAGCUCCUGCCACCCCGCUCACAGUGCCCACCGUGCCCACCAAGCAGCCCCCAUCUGAGCCCAAGCAGCGGGCCUCCAGCCAGGAAAGCCCCCGCAGGAAGGCAGGGGCCGGCCCCGGUGUAGGGCGGGUUCAGGCAGGGUCAGGGCGCCCCCGGCAACAGCAUCUAAAGAUCAUGGACUACAAUGAAACACAUCACGAGCACAGUUAAGAGACAUAGAACUGAGCCGGGAUGGAAAGCGGAUAAGGACGGACUUAAGUUUGAAAAUGGAGAAGAGCUACAAAAUCAGCAAGAGUAACACGUCUGCUACUCUCCACAAUUCAGUGUUAUUUGAUCCAUUCCUCUGAGUGGACAGCAGGAUUCCCCCACCGUUUCUUUUUCUUUUUAUUUAUACUGAUUCAUUCCCCUGAAGAAUGUUUGCGGAGGAGACAGGAAUACUGAGUUGCAAUGUUACCAGUGAGGAUGCUAAACUUAUGAGUUUGAUCAUGAGACAAAGACGAACACGACGUGACACUAAGUCUGAGAUUAACAAUCAACCAAAUUACAAACUUUUCCAUAUUGGCUCUAGUUGUGUCGAUAUGUCCAUAUUUUGAGAAAUCUGCGUCAGUGUUCUCCCUUCGCCCCGAAACGAUGGAGGUGAAACACACUUAGUUUUCUCUCGACAGUGAAACAUUUAAUUUGUGGCACUCUGCAGCAGUUUGUCUCGAAACAGCGUGCGUCCUAGUUACUUUGGAUAAUCCUCCGACCUCAGAACAGCAUCCACUGUGGAAACACGUAAAACUGAAGAAAUAGUUCACGUUGAGUUCUGUGAAUUAUCCAGACUAACGGGGACUGUUUUCAGAAACACACUUUGCUGUCAUCAUUUUGGGGAUUUUUUUUUGUCAAUGCUGUGAGGAUGACAAACAUAGUUCCACUCGCCUUUUGUUGUUAUAUUUAUCGGAUGCGGAACCCUCGGAGACGGUUUCUAAAAAAAAAUUGGCAAAUAAAACCGAAAUCAUCUGCUGUCGUCAAUAAAACUGUAAGAUUUUCAAAGUACAAACUUCGACUCAGACAUGAAACAUUGUUAGGUUUUCCCCGGUCAUCAUGUUUGGCGUUCUUUGGAUUGACGACUGAAAUAUUUGUCUUGAUUUGUGUUACAGCGGAGCGAUGGAAGCAAUCGGUGCGUGGAGGUGUGCGUGUGUGUGUGUGUGUGUGUGUGUGUGACUCGGGGAAACCUUGAACUGUGACGUCGUUGCUGCUGGACUGAAAUUUCCAUACAAAACCUUUUUUUUCCCCCAAACUCAGUCAAAUGUGGUUUGUUUUGCGAGCGUGCGUGCGUGCGAGGUUGCAGGUACCGGCGUUGUGUUGAUUCUCCUGUGUCGGUAAAGAUGACGAAAGUGUACGAAAGGAAGGAACUGAUGAAAUUUUAUGCAUCUUUUUAUGAAUUCCAAAUUGUGUUGUACCUUUACUUUUUAUUCUGCCACCCAAGAGGUGUGCUGACCACUACAUAUCCUAAAUUUGAAACAGACCAGAGACGUCACACAAACCCAAGCUCCAAAUAUAAAUGUUUCCUUUGGUAAAGAUGACGAGAAAACAUUAAAACGGAUUAACUAUCAGACCUAAACUCGCUCUUUUCAAAGUCGUCUAAAUCCUGUUGUCCACCGGGAGCUCCUGCUGUCAUUUCCUUCUGCCUCGCUAUCUAAAGCAUGUUCAACAAUCCACUUUAAACGCCAACCGUAGUAACAACAGCAAAUCAAGACAGAAGGUACAAUCAGCACAAACUGAAGAAGCCGGGACUCUGACCGGAGCCAGAGAACCUGGGACAAAACGGCAAAAAAGGAAGUUCUUAAAGCAGUGGCUUGUGUUUAACUGUGAACAAUAAAGAUCGUCUUCAAUGUUUUGCACUACAA